GCGAAAUUCAUCGUUUAUCAAGUCAAAAAUACACCAAAAUUACAGUUUCAAGCAAAAACAAGCUGUAGAAUAAUUUACAUAUGACUUACCUCCCUUAUUAUGGUAGUGACCCAAACAACCAAUAAAGUGGAAAUAAAAGCGAAAAAAGGGGGAAUAAAGCGGACGAAAGCGUAAAUAAAGGGGAAAUGUCGCUUUUUCGCCUGCACGUGAGGGACAGAUUUAUGGCCAUGUUGACGCGUUUAAUGAAUGAUGAUCCUAAAACCUCCAUGCGAUAUCUUCUGUCCUACAUCAUGGAACCUGAAGUCGCCAUUAAUUUCACGUUACUUGGUACUUCAUCAAAACGAGCGAUUCAGAAGUCCCGGUUUUAUGGCUGCGUACGAAGUAAGAUAAAUAAGGUUUUUAAACUUCAGGUGCACUUACUAAUCGAUCCCUGUCGUCAUCUGUCACUGAGAAAGACCUUGCGAAACUAUAUGACAUGGCUGCACAAAGUUAUUUUCACGACAUGAGAGACAAAGUACAGAAGCAUCAUCGACGGAAGAAAGAACACGUACAGUCUUCCGUGUUUAAGGAUAUAACCAAUUCACAAGAAUUAUUUGAGUCUCCAUAGUUCAAAAGGCCUGAUGGAAAGAAACAA